CUUCCAUUCCGGUGGUCACAGAAGGCCGUCCUCCAUUUUGAUCAGUCAUACUGGUCACGUGAUAUUCGUGUUUCUCAUAGUAUAAGAACAACUUUAGAAUUCAGGAUUUUAUAGUGAAAAGUGCCUUUUGCCGGUAAAGGAUAUCGGAAUAGCGCUUGAAAGGAAAAAACUUGACAAUAAUUAAGAAAUACUAAGGAAUUUUCCCUAGUGACGUCACUUGAUUGACAGUUCCCGCACGCUGAUUUUACGUCAAGCGCUCUCAAACGACCGCCCCAGUCUACGAUGGCGUCGAAGAAGGUGAAGUCGGGUGAUCAGCAACGUGCUGAAAGCUACAGAUAUGCCGUCACAUCAAGCGGAGAUGAGAAGAAAAAGAAGAAAAAAAAAGGCAAAGAAGAUCUUGAUGAUCUUAAACAGGAGUUGACCAUGGACGAACAUAAAAUGCCUAUUGAGGAAUUAUAUGAAAAACUGUGUUCAGAUCCUAAUAUGGGAUUGAGCGUAGAAAAAGCAAGAGAAAUUUUUUUACGAGACGGACCAAAUUCUUUAACGCCUCCAAAAACAACUCCAGAAUGGAUCAAAUUUUGCAAACAAUUAUUCGGUGGUUUUUCACUACUACUGUGGAUAGGAGCUAUAUUAUGUUUUAUUGCCUACUCCAUCCAAGCUAGUGCACUUGAAGACCCUCCAGGAGAUAAUUUAUAUUUAGGUAUUGUACUCGCACUUGUCGUUAUAGUUACAGGCUGUUUCUCUUAUUAUCAAGAAGCUAAAAGUUCAAGGAUUAUGGAUUCUUUCAAAAAUAUGGUUCCUCAAUAUGCUGUCUGUAUAAGAAGCGGUGAUAAACUGAAUCUUAAAGCAGAAGAGCUUGUUGUCGGCGAUGUUAUUGAAAUCAAAUUUGGUGAUCGAGUUCCGGGUGAUAUACGUGUUAUUUCUGCCCAUGGUUUCAAGGUAGACAACUCCUCUCUCACUGGUGAAUCGGAACCACAAACACGAACAGCUGAAUUUACUCAUGAAAAUCCUUUAGAAACAAGAAAUCUAGCUUUCUUCUCUACAAAUGCCGUCGAAGGAACUUGCCGUGGUAUUGUUGUGAAGACUGGCGAUAAGACUGUCAUGGGACGUAUUGCUAACUUGGCUUCUGGUCUGGAAGUUGGAGAAACCCCCAUCGCUAAGGAAAUUGCUCACUUUAUCCAUCUGAUUACUGGUGUGGCCGUUUUCUUGGGCGUGUCCUUCUUUAUUAUCGCCUUCAUAUUAGGUUAUUUCUGGUUAGAUGCCGUUAUCUUCUUGAUUGGUAUCAUUGUUGCUAAUGUACCCGAAGGUUUACUGGCUACUGUCACUGUAUGCUUGACUCUCACUGCUAAACGUAUGGCUAGGAAGAAUUGUCUGGUCAAGAACUUGGAAGCUGUAGAAACUUUAGGAUCUACCUCUACCAUCUGUUCGGAUAAGACAGGUACACUCACCCAAAACAGAAUGACAGUCGCUCACAUGUGGUUCGAUGGUCAUAUUCUUGAAGCCGAUACUAGUGAUGAUCAAUCUAAUGCCUCAUACAGCAGGAAUGACCCAACAUGGAAUGCCUUGGCGCGAAUUGCUAUGUUGUGCAACCGUGCCGAGUUCAAAGUUGGUCAAGAAAAUGUCCCAAUUUUGAAGAAAGAAUGUAAUGGUGAUGCUUCUGAAUCAGCUUUGUUGAAAUGUGUUGAAUUGUCUAUUGGUAACGUCACUGAAUUCCGACGACGAAACAAGAAAAUCUGUGAAAUUCCCUUCAACUCAACCAAUAAAUAUCAGCUAUCUAUUCAUGAAACUGAAGAUCCAAAUGACCCACGUAUGGUCCUUGUCAUGAAAGGAGCUCCUGAAAGAAUUAUGGAUCGUUGUUCCAAUGUUUUAUUGAACGGAAAAGAAACUCCAUUAGAUGAUAAUUUCCGAGAGGCUUUCAAUGCUGCUUAUCUUGAACUUGGUGGUCUUGGAGAGCGAGUACUUGGUUUCUGUGACUACAUGUUACCAACUGAACAGUUCCCUCCAGGAUAUGAAUUUGACCCAGAAGGACCUAACUUCCCUAUCACUGGACUACGAUUUGUUGGUUUAAUGUCUAUGAUUGAUCCUCCUCGUGCUGCCGUACCUGAUGCCGUAGGUAAAUGCCGAAGUGCCGGUAUUAAAGUUAUUAUGGUUACUGGUGAUCAUCCUAUCACAGCCAAGGCUAUUGCCAAGGGUGUCGGAAUUAUUUCGGAAGGCAGCAAGACAGUCGAAGAUGUGGCUUCAGAGCGCGGCAUCCCUGUUGAAGAAGUUGACCCUCGUGACGCCAAGGCUGCUGUCAUUCACGGUCAGGAUCUUCGCGAUAUGACACCCGCCCAAAUUGAUGAAAUCUUGAGAAACCACAACGAGAUCGUAUUUGCCCGAACCUCUCCCCAACAGAAGUUGAUUAUUGUUGAGGGUUGUCAAAGACAAGGUGCUAUUGUUGCUGUAACUGGUGAUGGUGUAAAUGAUUCUCCAGCUCUGAAGAAAGCUGAUAUUGGUGUUGCUAUGGGUAUUGCUGGUAGUGAUGUUAGUAAACAAGCUGCUGACAUGAUCUUAUUAGAUGAUAACUUUGCCUCCAUUGUUACUGGUGUAGAAGAAGGACGUUUGAUCUUUGAUAAUUUGAAGAAGUCCAUCGCCUACACCUUGACCUCGAACAUUCCUGAGAUUUCCCCAUUCUUGUUCUUCAUCUUGUGUGAUAUUCCUCUACCACUCGGAACCAUUACCAUCUUGUGUAUUGAUCUGGGAACUGACAUGGUACCUGCUAUCUCUCUCGCCUACGAACAAGCUGAAAACGAUAUCAUGAAGAGACAACCUCGUGAUCCUUUCAAGGACAAACUUGUAAACGAACGAUUGAUCAGUAUGGCCUAUGGUCAAAUUGGUAUGAUUCAAGCUUCUGCUGGGUUCUUUGUCUACUUCGUUAUUCACGGUGAAAAUGGUUUCUGGAUAAGCCGUCUACUCGGUAUCCGUAAAGCAUGGGAUUCUCGUGGUAUUAACGAUUUAGAAGAUUCUUAUGGUCAGGAAUGGACCUACAACCAACGUAAAAUCUUGGAAUACACCACCCAUACAGCUUUCUUCGUAUCUAUUGUUAUUGUCCAAUGGGCUGAUUUAAUUAUCUGUAAAACAAGAAGAUUGUCCCUCUUCCAACAAGGAAUGAAGAAUCAUCGUUUGACAUUUGGUUUAUUCUUUGAAACAGUUUUGGCUAUUUUCCUCACUUAUUGUCCUGGUUUAGAUCAGGGUCUUCGUAUGCAAAGUUUAAGAUUUACUUGGUGGCUACCGGCCCUUCCUUUCAGUUUGGCCAUCUUUAUUUAUGAUGAGUGUAGAAAAUAUAUUCUUAGAAGAAGUCCGGGAGGAUUUGUAGAAAGGGAAACAUAUUAUUAAACCACAGUAUAUUUUAGAGAUAAAGAAAUUAUAUAAUAAAUAAAUACAAUGGUUAGGUUUACCAGGGGUUGGAACAAAAACUUGUUAUUAGUGGGAUGGGAAAGGGGAGGUAACUACUGGAGUAUUGAGAUAACUCCACUAUCCAUGGUUAACAAUAGGAUAUGGUGAUACUUAUACUCAGGAGCACAGCAAUCACUGGUUUAUUAUUAUUAUUAUAUUGCAUUUAUUAAAGUCGAAUGUACCCUUACUGAACGGAUUCUCGGUUCAGACCUUAGAUUUAUUCGGUUUAUGGCUAAUAACUAUUCAUAUGGUAAUAGCCGAAGUCGACUGAUAGACAAACAUCAGUUAAAAGAUGUAAAUUUUCUUGGUUAUGUUGAGAAUGGAAUAAUAUUACUUAUAUUAUAUACAAUGUACAAAUCACUCGCCAUGAUAAAUUACAACCAUAUAUCACAGUAGAUGACCACUGUGGCUAAUGUACAUUGUCUUUAAGAUUUUAGCAAUGACCUCUAUUUGUAAGUACAAACUUCUUUGUGUAGGCUUUUUUUUAUAUAUAAGUAAAGAUCUGUAUUCAUUUCGUGACUGAAUUUAUUUGUUAGAGAUCAGAUUGUAUGAGUAUUGCUUACCAUUUGUAAGUGGAAUGUGUAUCACUUAUCCCAAUAUAUAUAAAUAUAUAUAAUAGUUACUGAAUGUCCAUUUACAUCUUGCAUUCGAUUUUCGAUCAGUUAAUUUUUAUUAGCGUUUUUAAAUUGUGAAUACCCUCUCCUUUAUGUAAUGCGAUUUGUUUAUAUUUUUUCAUCAUAAUUUUUAGCCUCAUAUAUUAUUUUAGUUAAUUAUUGUCAGUAUUGUUAGUGACUCUAUCGCAAAUGAGAUUGUGGUCGGAUGAAUGAAUGAAAUCGUCACAUUACUUUUUUUUUUUUUACUUGUCAGUUUUCCCCAUCUUACAUUCCAUCAUAAAACCUGUAUUUAUCAGAAUUACCUGUCGGGAACACCUGUAUUUAUCAACCGUUUACUCUCAGAAUUACCUGUCGGGAACAAAAAAAAGGAAUAUUAUUAAACGUUGCAAAUAUAUUGCCCCCCUCCUCAGAUUUGGAAAACUUUGUUUCAAUUAUACAUACAGCCAGCAGUUUUGUACAUACGCUGUAUAUCUCAUAUAUAUAAUUAGCUUAGUUGAAAUUAAUCGGACAAUCGUAGACUUGCUCGUUCAUUUUAGCUUGGUAGUUGAUGUAUAUGAUUCCAUGAUGGGGCGUCUGCCAUUUAAUUAUUGUAUGAUAGAAUGUAUUAGACUUGUUUUUAUUAAGCUUCGUAAAUGCACAUUGAAAGAUUUUAAUGUUUAUUUUUUUUUGUCCUACUCUCUCCUACCUGCAAGCCCUCCUUGACGAGAGAGAAGUUUUUUUGAUACGCAAAUAAAGCCGUCAUAGGUUGUCUUGUUGUAUACGCUGGUUACGGUCACUCACCCUCGAUGUUGAUUCAUUUAUUCGUCACUCUUGAGGGGCGUUGAGUAAUUUAUCAAAGUAUGAGAUACGAGAUAUUGUUAUCCAGUCUAUUUGUAUAAUUUUAUUAUUAUUAAUAAACAUGUUAUAUAGAGUACAACAGAGAUUUAUUCAAACCCUUUUUGUUUAUUUUUCUCUCCUUUGUUUUUUGUUGCAGAUGGCAAAAAACAGGGGAGACAACCAUCACAUUAUUUGUUAGCGCAAGGUGUUAAAUUUACAUGAUGAAAUGCAAUACCGAAUCACGAUUUGAUAUGUAUGCUAGUGACUGGUGAAUGUUGAUUUGGCACUUGGUGUAUUUACGAUAAUAUAACAGUUAGGCAGUUAUGUUUACCACCUUUUCUUAACUUUGUUUUUCAUCGAUUACAUUUUAAUGUGUGUUAAUUAAAAUAAACAGAUCCAAAAAAUACCAACUUGUCGAGUUGCUCCAUUUUCUAGAAUUGUUUUUUUGUUUGUUUUUUUUAUAGCCCCCAUAUACCGAGAUGAUCAAACUUUUUUUGUUUAAUAUAAUUAAUGAUCAUUUUAAAUGAUUAAUUAUAGUCUUAUUUUACCAGUCCCAAGUACAUCAAAGUUCUCGAUGAAAUGAGGCUCUGAUGCCUUCACUGAUAAAACAUUAAAAUAUUUAAACAUUGGAUGAAUGGUUUUAAUGUUUUAUGCUGGAGAAAAACAAAGCUAUUUGUAUUAAGACUGGAGGAGACAUUUAAAAAAUGGUUGAAAAUAAGGCAUGGUUUAUAUGGGACUUGUAAAAUAAACUCUAGUUACUAUAAAUAGGUUGUGUGAUGAUAAGUGCUGAUUCAAUAAUUCACAUAUCACAUUGCAUUAUUUCUAUAUUCGGGGCUUCUAGUUUUAUAAAUAAUUUUGUUUAAAAAGUCAUGUAGGGAGAGAUAUGUAACAUGAUUCUACAUGUAUGUGAAAUUUCGUUGAAAUUGGAAUAAAGUCUUUUAGGAUCAAAA